ACAGAAUUAGAUGUGAUCCACAAGGAUGGCCACAACCUCACACUUAGCACGAGGCCAGGAUGAAUCAAACCCAUGAAAACGCGGUUUGUGAUGGUUGAGAACAUAAAGUGCAGGAUUGGAUUCAGUGACUGUUUCUUCCACUGCUGCUUUUUCCUUCUUGCUCUCUUCUUUUUCCUCCGCAGCGAGUUUGAGGUCUAUCCCUAUUAAACUUUACGUCAACCAUCCUCAAAUGUAAUUCUAAAUGGGGAUUAGACCUCAUUAAUAUUCAUGAGGGUUGUUGUGCGUGUGUGUAUGUGAGUGUGUGUAAAGGAAGAGGAGGGGGGAGUAUCACAAUCAAAUCAAAAUGGAUGAAUUUAACUUCCUUUUUGAUUUCUCGUGUUUAUGUUUUGGGAUCAUUAAAAAGACUUGACCUGUACAAACGGCGGAGUUAGCUGCAUUCAAAAUCAUGCUGAGCUUUCUCCAACCUCUGAGGAACUGCGUUUUUCUGCUGCUGCUGGGCUAACAGGCAGCUGUCUCUUAAACCAAACACUCUGACACAUUUGUUUCUUUAAGUGCCUUUUUCCCUUUUUUUUUCCUCGUGAUUUUUAAAAAUGAAAUGAUGAUUUGCCUUUAAAGAGGUGACACUUUUAUUUGAAAGAAAAUUGGUGUGAUAGGAGGUCAUGUGUGCAGAUUGAGCAUCUUGGUGAGAGAGAGGCCCAUCUUAAACGCUGCCGUACUUUCUGUAAUUUUAAGGAACUUACACAGAAAGGCUUCGUCAUUUACGCGCAGCAGCAGCAGCAGCAGCAGCAGCGGCAGGGCCUGACUCUUCCCUCUCUAGGCCAUCUUUUUAAAAAAUCUCUGGCCGGCUCGUCCGGUCUCAGGACCAGGACCGAGAUGAGGAGGACGUGAGGAGGUGGGAGGGGGACGGGGGCGUUCAGUAGGAGUGGGCGAUUUACGGCCGCUGCUGCGCGCCAAUAGGCCACUCUCGCCGUCCGUCAGGCGGAUCGCGCGCGGUGAUUGGCUAAGAGAGGCGGAUCCGCAGGUGUCCUCCGCUCAUAGAGGCGCAGGGCGGAGAGAAGGUGAUCAAUCUCCAUUAGAGCACUCUGACAGACAACGACAAGCCCCCUGAAAGCAAAUGAGUUUGAUUUAUUUGGCUGUAAAAACACCAGGAACCGUACCGAGGACGCGGUGACGUCCGUGUGCUGUGCACUGCGUGUUUGUCCGUGAUGCUGUUCGGUUUGCACGCGGUUGUUUGUUUUUGAGCGAGUCUACUGCUGUUGCUGUUUGAGUUUUGUGCCCUGCAGACUUCCUACUGCUGGAUAAUUUUACUGCUGCUCGCUUCUCGUGGCCCGAGAGCUCGGGAGAAGGGAAAAGGAGGAAAAACAAGGUAAAGUUUCCACAGUUUUCUCUCUAACUUCAUGUAAAUGAAAGUUUGAGCGCAUUUUGACUCCGGGACAUGAAUCAUGUCAUCUCCGGCUCUGGUGAUGGAAAAGUUCAUUCUCAAAAAAUUAUUUCAAGGACGGAAAUCGACGUUGAAAUGUGACAAGUGGUUUUUCGUCUUUUGCGAUUGCAGCGCCUAACAUUUAUGUUUUUGUGUUUUUUUAUUUUUUUGUAACUGAUGUAUCAGUAAAUCACAAGAGGAAUCCAACCCGAGACGGUGAAAUUGAAUCAACUUCAUGUGGAGGAGAUAAUGUUCAUAUUUCUAUUCCAACCCGUUCCUUUUUUUAAGAGCAGUUGGCCAUUAAAACAUUUGAGGCACUCGGUGGAUAAUUGGAGAGGCGUGUUUUGGUUUUUGUUAAUUUAUUUGGCAGAUAAGAGCUCUUGUGAAUCGCUCUCUCCCCGGAGGUCUAAUCUAAAUUCUAAUUGAGUUCAUUUGCACCGAGAUCUCGGCCCCUUUCACUCCGGCCUGGCAGGGCUGCAGUGCGGCUCUUACAGCCGUUCAAUACACGUUUGGUGGGUUGAGGUUUGGUUUGGUCAGUUAGGAGCUCUUUGUUGAAAUAAUGUCCCACUAAAGAGCUGCUAAUUUAAUUCACACGCUUGAAACCAGAGGUGGUUUGGGUGAGUUUCACUGGAGGGUCAAAACUAAAACUUAGGAUCUGUUGGAAAUUCUAGAUUUCACACUAGCAAAUAUGCACACAUGUUUGUACAGUAAUUUACCCUUAAAAACGGAGGAAUCUUUAUCUGGAUGAAACUCUUUAACUUCUGGAUUUAGACAAACUUUCUCUCUGUUUAAUGUUGGAGGCAGUUGGGCUUAGAUGUUGGUUCAUUUUAUUUACAAAUGUAAUCUUCAUUUGAGUGGUCUUUCCUGACAGCACAAAUUAAAAAUAGUGUAAGUGACACUUUCUUUAAUUUAAUAAACCUCUGUCAAAGAAAUAAAAUGGAUGAAACCCUUUACAGUCCACUUCCACUCAAAUCAGCUGUGAAAAAAAAAAGUGUUGAAAGUUAGGAAGCAAAAUAAUCCGGAGUGUGGUCCUUUUUUUAGGAGUCUGAAAACGAAGAAGACACUUUUAUUCAGCGUUUUUUCACGUUGUUGUAGUAUCAGUAAGUUUAAGCCGGGCUCUGGGGAUCUACAGGAGUCCGGUUGUAAAACAAAGUCUGAUGACCCGAGCCAACAUAGGUACUGAGACAUGGACGAGUUAAAACAGCUGGGAUUUUUUCAAGAUAGAUUAUUAAACCAUAUACAUAAAAAUUCCCGUUUGUUUUAUGUGACUGUGUGUGUUUUAGGCCUUCAUUUAGACACACACAAAACACACACACACACACAUACUGCCGUGCUCACCAUUUAAACAAUUCUGAUUUAAAAUCAGCAAACUUUUUUUCCAUUCAAAUGAAUCAAUUACAAAAAAAAGACAAAACGAAAAAAAACGCUUUUUGUUUUUUUUAAAUGAAAUAAACUCGUCUGUGUGUCUUUGGUUGACACACGGCAGUGUAAAGAUUUGGUCCUUUUUCAAAUGGAAAACUGUCUCUGAGUCUUUGAAAGGAUUAAUUUGAUCAUAUUGUCCGUCUGUGGUUCUGACUGGUUAUUUUUUCAUGUGAAACAGAAAUAGUCAGGUGCGUUGAAAAAAAUCUUAAAAUGACCAAAAUGUCUGUCAGUUUUGAUAUUCUGCAGGUUGGGCGACAUUUUCUUCAAAGCAGUCGGGUGGAUUAUUAUAGUACUGGGAAUAAAGACCUUCUUCUUGGUUUGGCCUCGUUAAAACUCUUUUAUUUGACCCAGAGAGAAAAGUGUGGGGCUUCAGUCCUCUGGUUAUUUUUUCUUCAAUGUGAGCGGGUUUUAGCAGCCGUUUGACCCCAGUUAUCCUCUGACCAAAAACCCAAUACUCCUGAAGGGAUUUAACGUGCCGCCUCUGCCUUCAAUAACUCUCUGCCUUUAUGCUUUAGGAUUUUAACGCGCUUCUAGUCUUAAAAUACAGAUUUUUUUAUAGUUAAUUGUGCGUAUAUUUCUCCAACAUUUCUUGUUUUACUGCGUAAAAAGUUUGGCCAAAUCAGGAAUGACCAGUAAUAAAAUCACCACAGCCCAGAAGUUAAAAAGCAGGAGAGGCGAACAAAUGUGGGACAAAUUCAACACGUUUGAGGCUUAUGACUUGAAUUCUUGCGGACAAUACCUGCUUGAAGUGUUACUUCUGUGGGCCACUGUGUGUGUGUUUUCCUCUGCGUGUUUCUCAUUUUCGUCCUGUGUGUGUGUGCGCCUGUAGUGUCUUGGAUCGGCCCCCUGUCCCGUCAAGCUGCAGCAUCGGGGGAAAUCGAACCACUGGCCUGAGCUGGGUGGAGCAGUGACCGCCUGUAGCAUGAUGUCCUACCUCAAACAGCCCCCCUAUGGCGUCAACGGCCUGGGGCUGAGCGGCGCUGCCAUGGACCUGCUGCACCCGUCAGUGGGCUACCCGGGUACGACCCUCCUCCCUGCCACACGCAAACACACACACACACACACACACACACACCGUUUUUAACAUGAAUGCAUCCGGCGUGGACCGGUUUACUUGGAUUAAAAUCACAGGCCAAAAUAAGUGUGAGAGCUUCAGUUACUAAAAGGAAAAUUAUCCCCGAUUUACCAUCUGAUAAAAAGAAGCAGAUUUAUCAUAAUAAUAAUAAUAAUAAUAAUAAUAAUAAUAAUAAUAGAGAGGGUUUUUUUCAGUGUUACACAAUGCUACUCUUAAUAUCGUGGUCUGUUGAAAUAGGCUUUUCAUAACAGUUAAACUCACCUCUAAAGUGAAAACAUGACCUGUGAGUGAAGUUACAUUAAAACGAAAACAUCUGGGUUUUUAGUUAAAUAGAUGCUUUAUUUCGGUCACUCCAACCAGACCGUAAUUUUUAGUGAAUCACCUUUUUUUUUUUUUACUCCGUCCAGCCACUAAGUUGUGUUUUAUAACUGUUUAGUGGGUCGAUUUUAUAGCGAUACCGUAACUGAUUAAAAAUGUGCAGAAAGUAUUAUUAUUUUUACUUAUGUUAAUUUUGAAGUUGUUGAAGGAAAGAUAAUCUGUUUUAAAGAGCUGUUUUUAUCAAGGCGAGUGACUCUUAAGUUUUUUUUUUCCCGCCUGUUUUCCUGCUCAUGAUUGGAGACAAAUGCCGAGCAGAAGCUUGUCAGAGAAACAUUAAUUCAUUUUAAAAAAAGGCAUCGUAAUUCACACACACACACACACACACACACACACACACACACACACACACACACACACACACACACACACACACACACACAGCUUCAUAAUCGGCCCUCGCUCUUCUUCUCUUUCUGCAGCUACACCCAGGAAGCAGCGGCGGGAGAGAACAACCUUCACGCGCUCUCAACUUGACGUCCUCGAGGCUCUAUUCGCCAAAACCCGGUACCCGGACAUUUUCAUGCGCGAGGAGGUGGCGCUGAAAAUCAACCUACCUGAGUCGCGGGUCCAGGUGAUAAAUUAAUCUUUUUUUUUGUGUUCAGAGAAACCGAGAAGUGAUCUAAACCGAGCAGGACAGUUCACGAGGCCUGUGGUCGACUCAGUGACACCAAAGUUAGCUCAAUAAGUCCCGUUUCAGUACGUAGAGUCUUUUCAAUCGUUUCCCCCAAAAUUAAGUCUUUAAAUGAUGAAACUAUGGUCAACUGAACACUAAUAAUAAAGCGCUGAAAUGGUCCAAUCUCGAGCUGAAAUCUUGAAUAUUGUCUAAAGGCCUGGCCACACUCAGGAGUUAUCAAUUUAUUGUAAACUACAGCUCAACCAGCCUACGUGGAUUUAUCUAAAGAUUUCCUUUCAACCACAAGUGUGUUUUAAACAGGAAAGAAUCAAAAUUUUAUUAUUAUUAUUAUUCACCAAAUGAGGCAGUGUUGGUGAUUAUUUGAGGUCUGCUUGGUUACAGUGUAGACCAGCCUUGUUGUGGAUCAGGUGUACAGUAUUUAUCACAAAUCAAACCACAUUUAUUAUAGUUGUGUAAUUUUGGCCAGUAAAUAAUCCUAAUUCUCCCACAUAUUGCAUAAUCUUGCAGGAGUUUGUAUCAUUAAUGAUGGUUUAAAUGAUGGUAUGUUUUUAGCCGGGGAUAUUUCAGGUUUAUGGCCAUAUAUAGGCCACAGUGGAUGAAUUAAAGGCAUGUUAUUGUUGUUGUUUUUUCCUCUUUUUUAACCCAUAAAAGUGAAAUAAUAAUAUCUGUGGUUAAUAUGUCAGACUUCUCUGUGUACAUUAUGUUUGGUGUUCUACAGGGUUAGUUAUGUUGAGAUGAUGUGAUUAUUUUUUAUUAUUUAAGUUUUAUUUUUUCCCACCUCAGCUUUCCUCCUUUCAGAAGACAUUUCAUGCUGGGAUAACACAGUUUACACACGCUGAUUCAAAGUAAACUACUUUUCAGAGUCUCACCUCUCUUUUGUAGUUGACUUUAUUCCCUAUUAUUUGAUGCGAAGAUGACUGCAGGCAGUGUAACUUGACCUGAAUUGUAGGAUCUGUAAUGAAGAGGCCAGGAGUUUACCAGCAAAUACUCCACAAACAACUCGGAGGUGUACUAUGAUGUUGAACAAAUUCUACUCUUGAAAAGGCAUUAGGGGAAAACCAAGGCCAGCCUCUCUCUCACACAACCGAGUUAUUCUCAGAAUGUGUGUGUGAAACAAAACGCUCUACAUGAUCCUACCCUCUCUGAGCUCUAGAGUUACCCUACUGUGUGGUGAAACACGAUAGCCUGUUAUCUUAGAGCCGUCUACCUGGUAUGAAAUUGGACCCCUGGCUGAUCCAAGCCAAGGGGCCAGGGUGGAAAUGAACCUCGAUGGCUAAUAACCCCCAAUUUUCCUCCAUGAUGUACUGCCAGUAUGGUCUGGGAGUAUCUGUUUAGUAUGAAAAGCUGAGGUUGCCGUAUGUGUCUAACUCUUGGCUGGUGAUCUUGGUUGUAGGUGUGGUUCAAGAACCGGAGGGCCAAGUGUCGCCAGCAGCAACAGAGCGGCAGCAGCUCCAAAGCCAGGCCGCCAAAGAAGAAGUCGUCUCCAGCCCGGGAAAGCACCGGCUCUGAGAGCAGCGGCCAGUUCACACCUCCUGCCGUGUCCAGCACAGGCUCAUCCUCAUCCUCAUCCUCCUCCACUAACCACACAGGCCCAGCAGCACUCAGCAGCACCUCUACCUCCAUCAGCACCGUGUCCUCCAUUUGGAGCCCCGCUAUCUCCCCUGGAAACGCUCCCGCCCCUGCCGUGGCCCCGCUCCCUGAGCCCGGACCCCCAUCUAACGCCUCCUGUAUGCAACGCUCCAUGUCAGGCUCGGCCGCUGCGGCAACCUCCUACCCCAUGUCCUACAACCAGACUCCAGGUUACGGCCAGGGUUACCCCACUCCGUCCAGCUCAUACUUCAGCAGUGUGGACUGUGGCUCCUACUUGGCCCCCAUGCACUCCCACCACCACCCUCACCAGCUCAGCCCCAUGACGGCCUCCUCAAUGUCAGGCCACCCACACCACCACAUCAGCCAGUCAUCAGGCCACCAUCACCAUCACCACCACCACCAGGCGUAUGGAGGCUCCAGCCUGGCUUUCAACUCGUCCGACUGCCUGGAUUACAAAGAGCAGACUGCAGCCUCCUCAUGGAAGCUCAACUUUAACGCCACAGACUGCUUGGACUACAAAGACCAGGCCUCCUGGAGGUUCCAAGUCUUGUGAUCUGGCUUUUUCCCCCUCCUCCUCCUCCUCUUCUUCUCCAGGCUUGUCUGCUCCCUCUCUUUUUUUUUUUCCACAUCAGCUCAUUGCUUGUUUUUAAAAGACAGAAAGAGUUUAUGAACCAAAAGAUUACAAUGAUAGCAGCAGGGAUGCUCAGAAAAUCGGACUUUGUUUUUCAACCCUCCCAUCUUCAGGGUCUUUGAAAGAUAAAGAUCUUCAAGAGAAACAGUCGAGCCCAAUGAAAAGAAAAACAUCAGGAGCAGUUUGCUGACAAUGAAGAGUGGGUUUUUAAGAUGCUGCUUCCAGGAUGAUUAAAAAAAAAACUGUUUUCCAAAAAAAUGAAGAGAGAAAAAAAAAGUCAUUUCAACCAAACUCCUUAGACCACCAGCUCUCUGGCUCUCUGGAUGGGAGGAAUAUUUUCCCUUCUGCUGCAUCAACAGGAACUGCAUGCAGUGUCCCUCUUUACCUCCAAUCCACCCAAUCAAACAAACCCUGUAUAGUUUUUAUUUCAGAAAUUUGUUAUUUUAGGAUGACAGAGAUUUUUUAGUCAGCUACAUCGAGCAGCUGAAAUCUGUAAAUAUGUAUUUUGGUCAGUUACAGUGACCAUAUUUAGUUGGUGUUUUUUUUCUGAAUUUGAAAUUGUUUAUUACCACUUUGGAAGAAGAAGAAAAAAAAAAGAAAAAAAACCUGUAUGUAAAUCUUUCCAAAUGUUCCAAAGAGAUCAAAUCGGCCAUAAAGUUCAGCUUUUAUAUGCGUUGUUUUACUCCGAAAGUGUUUUGGCAAUUGAAAAUGUCUUGGACAAACCUAAAACAUAGAUGCAGAAGUGACCUGGGCGACUGUUUCCGGAUAUGAUGAUGAUUACUAUUAUUAUUAUUAUUAUUAUUAUUAUUACUCUAGCCUCUUCGUUUUCAAAGCAGACCUCCUCUCUUGGGCAUUGUCGUGAUUUAUUGGACAUGUUUGAACGCAGCACUUGGCUUGAUAUUGGAGUCAGAGCAUUUUUUUGAAUUUUUGGAGAGGAUUUGUGGAUUUAUAGCUCCAAAAAUGACAGUGAAAUGUUGAAUGUAUCUUCAAGGCGACCACCCUUACAUACAUGUUCAUCCAAUAAAGAUCCGUUAAGUCAUA